AUGAUAGUACAAGACCAGGCCAACGACUUCCCAGUUGGGCCAGAAGAUACCUCAGCCAGCCAGGCGACCCAGGACCAACUCCACAAGUCAUACCGAAUGCCAGAUGAACAAGCCCGAGACCCAGCCUUACACAUAGCCAAGGAUUGGGUACAGAAGAAGAAGUUGCCCGACAUGUCCAAUAUCACAGACCCUCAGCUGAGAAGAUAUGCAACACUCUACCCGAAGCUUCGUUUAACGUCUGACGGAACAUUGUUUCUGGAGGAAGGCACAGGUGACGAUCAACGACUACGAUUGUGUGUCCCAGCAGCCCUCAUAGCCGAAGUCAUCAGAUGUCUACACCAACACCCCCUAGCCGGACAUUUGGGGAGAUAUAGAACUUACCUCCAAGCGAAAAGACGGUUCUAUUGGCCCAACAUGCAUAAACAUAUCAGCUGUGCAGUUGAGGGCUGCACAACUUGCCGCCAGUCCAAAGAGCGCAAAGCCACCAAGCAGGUACCAUUGGGACAAACAAGCACCAAGGAACAUACCCGUUUUGCCAAGUUCUACUGCGACCUAGUUGGCCCAUGGCCCAACGCCAGGGGACCUGGGACCAAGAAAUACCUGCUCACCCUCCAAGACGCCGUCACCAAAUAUCCUGAAGCUUGGGCAAUCACCGACGCCACUGCUGAAAACAUCAUACGAGUCCUCACAAACGAAUUCUUCCCCAGAUAUGGAGUAGGGAUGACAAUCGUUUCUGACCAAGGACGCCAGUUUAUUUCGACGCUAUUUCAACACGCUGUGAAGCGACUGGGUGUCUUCACCGUCAAAACCCAAGCUUAUGAACCCAAAACCAAUCCGGUGGAAAGACUUCAUCGAACAUUGGAGAAUGUGAUCAGGUGCUCCAUGGAGAACGAGAAGGUUCACCCCACGCAAUGGCAUUGA